AUGAGAGCACCAGUGACUCUCCUGGCACUGUCUCUCCUCCACAGUUGUUUGUCAGUUCCUGUCAGCCGUCCGACCAACUGGCUACGACAAUGUCGAGCCUCCACCAACCUCUCCAUAACAGCUUUAGGGGCACUACCUGGCGGAGGCUGGGAUAACCUCAGAAACAUGGAUAUGGGUCGGGUCAUGAACCUCAGCUAUUUCCAUUGCCAGACCACUGAGGAUGGGCUCUACUACAUCCCGGAUGAAGUGUUUGUCAUACCACACAAAGAGACCGGAGUGGAGACCAACUCAGAGAUGAUCAGAUCCUGGCAGGAGCAUAAAAGCUCUAUGUCUCGAGGCAUAAAUGCUGAUGUUUCAUUCUUCUCUCUGCUGAAUGGAAAAUUCUCUCUCGAAAACCUGAGAAUGAAAAUCCAUCAGGUCGAAGACUCUUCAACCACAACAAGGGUGCAGGUUCGCAACCUCAUCUACACAGUUAAGGCUUAUCCUGACUUCAAUCUAGAUUCACGUUUUGCUGAGAUAGCCAAGGAGAUUGCCGAUGCUAUUGAAAACAACCAAACAAAGAAUGGGAACUAUCUCUCUGAGAAGAUGGUGCUGGAGUACGGAACUCACGUGAUCACCAGUGUUGAUGUGGGGGCUGUGUUGGUGGAGGAGGACUACCUGCGUAACUCGUAUGUAUCGGACAAUGAGUCUCAAAGUUCUAGCAUCAAAGUCUCAGCUGGCCUGAACUUUUUCGACAAACUCAAGUUUGACAUAAGCAGCCAAAACACCAAACAGAGCUCGUCACUCCAGGCAUAUCAGUCAAACAUUCAGUAUUCACUCAUUCAAAGCCAUGGCAGCAUACCUUUUUAUCCAGGCAUCACGCUACAAAAGUGGCAGGAAAGCACCAGAAACAACUUGGUUGCAGUUGAUCGGUUAGGAUUAGCCCUACCCUUCUUCAUAAAUGCCAACACCUUACCCGAUUUGCCACAGCCAACUGUUAAUAAAGUAGCCAACUCUGUGAGAAAAGCCAUAGAACGCUAUUACAAGGUCAACACGCGGCCUGGGUGCGUUGACAUCAACUCCAAGAACUUCAACUUCCAAGCAAAUAUCGACGACGCAUCGUGUGAAGGCCCCACUACUAACCUCAGUUUUGGUGGCGUCUACCAAGAGUGUAUUCCCAUCUCCCAAAAUGCACAACCACUGUGUGACGCAUUGGCCCAAAAAAAUCCAGAUACAGGUGCCUUUUCCUGUAGCUCACCUUACACGGCAACAUUGCUAAGAUCAGAAGUCAGACAGCAAGCUUACACAAAAUACGAAUGUCACGAUGAGACAUAUCGAUGUGGGAUAUUUUACUUGCGGACCUGCCAUCGUCAAGUGUGUCAAGACAACGCGUACGUACGCUCAGCUCACAUUAAGACAUACUGGUGUUCGUUCAGCGGAGAGGCACCCGAAAACACCGGUUAUCUCUUUGGUGGGAUUUAUGGCCCCUCUCUGGUAAACCCCAUCACCAACAGUAAAACCUGCCCAACAGACUUUUUGCCUCUGAAGUUUCUCUCAGAUGGCCAAAUGAUCUGUUUGAGUAAAGACUAUGAAACCGGCACCAAAUAUGCAGUACCGUUCGGAGGUCUCUUUAGCUGUCAGUCAAAUAAUGUCUUGGCAGGAAACCAACAUCGCUGCCCUCCAAAGUUCAGUCAGCAUCUAGCUGCAGUUAGUGAUGGCUGUGAAAUCCUUUACUGUGUCCAGUCAGGCUUAUUCACAGGUGGGCAGCUGCUUCCCAUCCACCUCCCUCCUUUCACGAGAGCACCAUGCCUUACUGCGAAAACCACUAACACCGUAAUGGUGUUGACAGAAGGUGAAAAAAGCUGGGUACGAGUUGGAAAUACCAAAGCUUGGAAACUGGCAGAUGCGAAGGAUGUUCGCGAGAUUUUGCAAAACUUCAGCUCAAGUCAAAAUCAAAUGUCUAGUGGAGAAAAGGCAGGGCUAGCGUUUGGAGUGAUGGGCAUGAUGGCUCUGGUGGCCGUGGGAGUGGUCUUAGUAAAAAGAAGAAAAAUGCUGCACAGGAUCACUGUAAGGCGGGGCUACACAGAAAUACUCCAGGAAGAGUCCGUGGAUAAUGAAAGGGAGAGAGCGAUUCUGGAAGAGAAUGCCUGA